ACUAUUAAAUUCACACUGCUGUCUUUCCGACAGAGUAACUCUGCCCCUGACCAUUGACAACAGCUGCUACUAAACCUCAGUCUAAAGUCCGACCACUCCCCAACUCUUGCAAAUUUUCUUUCACUAUUCCUAUGAUGAAAGCGUCUUGAUUUGCUGGACUUAGUUUGCCUCUUUUACUGUUACGGCAGGUGCAGUUCUUGACAAACGCAAUUGAGUUUCAGGGACAGGUAUACAAACUUGCUACAGGAAUAUGAAUUCCAUGGCAAGCUGCUUUUGCUUGAAGAGAGCUGGACGUCCAACUCUUGAGGAGCACUCUAUACUUGCUUCUGAGACAUCUUUUACCGUGAAUGAAGUAGACGCUCUCUAUACUCUGUAUGAGAAACUAAGCAGCUCCAUCACUGAUGAUGGUCUUCUUCACAAGGAAGAUUUUCAGCUUGCUCUUCUUGAUAGCAGCAAUAAGCAUACUUUCUUUGCAGACAGGUUGUUUGAUUUGUUUGAUCUUAAGCAUAAUGGAGUUAUUGAAUUUGGAGAAUUUGUUCGUUCUUUAAGCAUCUUUCACCCAAGAGCACCAGAGGCAGACAAAAUUGCUUUUUCAUUUAAGUUGUAUGACUUGAGGUGCACUGGCUAUAUCGAACAUGAUGAGUUGAAAGAAAUGGUAUUGGCCCUUCUACGUGAAUCAGAAUUGACACUUCCAGAUGACGUUGUUGAAGCAAUCGUAAAUAAGACAAUCAUGGAGGCAGAUCUAAAAGGUGAUGGGAGGAUUGAUCCAGAAGAAUGGAAGGAAUUGGUGGCAAGGCAUCCUUCAGUGAUAAAAAACAUGACUCUUCCACAUUUAAAGGAGAUAACUUUGGCAUUUCCAAGUUUUGUGAUGAAGACGCGUGUUCAAGAUUCAGAGCUCUUCUCUUAAAAUGACAACCAACCGACCAAGCGUACCAAAUUCUAGUGCUCUCUCUAGUGGUGUAAUCAACGAGAAGCAUUUUCUUUUUGCAGGUUUUAAUACGCCAUCUAUCAGACAUUAAAAAACAUAGCCUGAUAUAAAUCAGUCGUCAAUUCACUAUCAAUCCUAUGUUAGGUA